UUCACAUUGCACUGUGCUGGAGUUAACUGUCACUGUCUCAUAGCACAGCCGGAGGCACUGGGCUCACAUUGUCCUUCAGUACGCCCCCACACACAAACGAGCUUGGAGUGAGAGGUGAGACAGACAGACACGGUGAGGCUGGGAGAGAUUCAACCAGGGAGAUAAGAGGUGUUUCACUCUCAAGGACUGAUAAUACUCUGAGAGGAUGGCAGAAGGAGGAGAUGGAGAGGAGGAGAUCCAGUUCUUGCGUACGGACGACCAGGUCGUGCUACAAUGCACCGCCUCGAUUCUGAAAGAACAGAUCAAACUGUGUUUGUCAUGUGAAGGAUUUGGGAAUCGCCUCUGCUUCCUGGAGACCACCUCCAACGCUCAGAAUGUGCCGCCUGAUUUGGCAAUCUGCUGCUUUGUCCUGGAGCAGUCCCUGUCAGUGCGAGCCUUACAGGAGAUGCUGGCCAACACCAUGGAGCUCAAUGAAGCUGUCGAUUUGGACAAAUGGUCAUCUCAAGGAGGGGGCCACCGUACGCUGCUCUAUGGUCAUGCUAUCCUACUGAAACACACCCACUCCAGCAUGUACCUCAGCUGUCUGACGACGUCACGGUCACUCACGGACAAACUGGCCUUCGAUGUGGGGCUGCAGGAAGACUCCACAGGUGAGGCGUGCUGGUGGACCAUUCACCCUGCAUCCAAGCAGAGGUCAGAGGGAGAGAAGGUCAGGGUGGGUGACGACCUCAUCCUGGUCAGCGUGUCCUCGGAGAGAUACCUGCAUCUUUCCUAUGCCAGUGGGGACCUCAUGGUGGAUGCCUCCUUCAUGCAGACCCUGUGGACCAUGAACCCGGUGAUGUCCGGGUGUGAGCUCGCUGAAGGCUUUCUGACUGGAGGCUACGUUCUGAGACUGUUCCACGGUCACAUGGACGAGUGCCUGGCUAUCCCUGCUGCCGAGCAAGGAGACGACCAGCGCAGACAUGCUCAUUAUGAGGGCGGUGCUGUCUGUAGCCAUGCCCGGUCGCUAUGGAGACUAGAACCGCUCCGGAUUGGAUGGAGCGGAGGUCACAUGAAAUGGGGCCAGUCGUUCCGCGUCCGUCACAUAACCACAGGGCGCUACCUCUGCCUGGAUGAAGAGAAAGGACUGCUGGUGGUGGACCCUGAGAGAGCCAACGCCAAGAUGUCGGCCUUCUGCUUCAGAAUUUCUAAGGAAAAGAUUGAUGUGGCUCAGAAACGUGACGUGGAGGGCAUGGGCACGCCAGAGAUCAAGUACGGGGAGUCCAUGUGUUUUGUCCAACAUGUCGCCACUGGCCUCUGGCUUACAUAUGCUUCUGUUGACGCCAAGUCCGCCCGCCUGGGACCUCUGAAGAGGAAGGCCAUCCUUCAUAAAGAGGGCCACAUGGACGACGCCCUGACCGUGGCCCGCUCCCAGACGGAGGAGUUCCAGGCUGCUCGGAUGAUCUACAGCACAGCAGGACUCUUCACCCAGUUCAUCAAAGCGCUAGACUCUCUGAGUGGGAAGAACAAGUCUUCUUCGGGCCCCCCCUCCCUGCCCAUGGACUCUGUGGCCCUCUCCCUGCAGGACCUCAUCUUUUACUUCCGCCCCCCUGAUGAAGAGCUGGAGCACGAGGAGAAGCAGACCAAACUACGCUCCCUCAGGAACAGACAGAACCUCUUCCAAGAGGAGGGCAUGAUCACUCUGGUUCUGGACUGUAUUGACCGUCUCAACGUCUACAACACAGCGGCCCACUUCUCAGAGUUUGCGGGGGAGGAGGCUGCCGAGUCUUGGAAGGAAAUCGUUAAUCUCCUGUAUGAGCUGCUGGCGUCUCUGAUCAGGGGGAACCGGGCCAACUGCGCUCUGUUCUGUGACAACCUGGACUGGCUGGUCAGUAAACUGGACCGACUGGAGGCCUCCUCGGGCAUCCUGGAGGUUCUCUACUGUGUUCUAAUUGAGAGCCCUGAGGUCCUGAACAUCAUCCAGGAGAACCACAUUAAAUCUAUCAUCUCUCUGCUUGACAAGCACGGACGCAAUCACAAGGUGUUGGAUGUGCUCUGCUCUCUCUGUGUGUGUAACGGGGUCGCUGUGAGGUCCAAUCAGAAUCUCAUCACAGAGAAUCUUCUUCCAGGUCGUGACCUCCUCCUGCAGUCCAACAUCAUCAAUUAUGUCACCAGUGUGAGGCCCAACAUCUUCCUGGGAACAUGUGAGGGUUCCACGCAGUACAAGAAGUGGUAUUUUGAGGUGAUGGUGGACCACGUGGAGCCUUUUCUGACAGCCCAGGUGUUUCACCUGCGAGUGGGCUGGGCUCUGACCGAGGGGUACAGCCCCUACCCCGGGGGUGGCGAGGGCUGGGGGUGCAACGGGGUUGGGGACGACCUCUACUCCUACGCCUUUGACGGGCUCAACCUGUGGACAGGACGGGUCCCGCGCCACGUGGCCUCGCCCAACAUGCACAUCCUGGCGGCGGACGACGUGGUUAGCUGCUGCCUGGAUCUGAGUGUACCCAGCAUCUCGUUCCGUAUCAAUGGGCACCCGGUGCAGGGCAUGUUUGAGAACUUCAACCUGGACGGACUCUUCUUCCCAGUGGUCAGCUUCUCCGCGGGCGUCAAGGUUCGUUUCCUCCUGGGAGGGUGUCACGGGGACUUUAAAUUCCUCCCGCCGCCAGGAUACGCCCCGUGCUAUGAGGCCGUGCUGCCAAAGGACCGACUGCGCAUUGAGCCCAUCAAGGAGUACAAGCACGAUUACAACGGCGUCCGCAACCUUUUGGGGCCCACGCAGUCCCUGUCUCACACGGCCUUCACGCCCUGCCCCGUGGACACCGUCCAGAUCGUGCUACCACCUCACUUGGAGCGCAUUCGGGAGAAGCUGGCUGAGAACAGCCAUGAGCUGUGGGCCGUCACCCGCAUCGAGCAAGGAUGGACCUACGGGCUGUUUCGAGAUGACAACAAGAAAAUGCACCCCUGCCUGGUGGAUUUUCAGAGCUUGCCAGAACCUGAGAAGAAUUAUAACCUCGCAAUGUCAGGAGAAACGCUCAAGACUCUGCUGGCUCUGGGCUGUCACGUGGGCAUGGGAGAUGAGAAAGCAGAAGAGAACCUAAAGAAUAUCAAAAUGCCCAAGACCUACAUGAUGUGUAAUGGAUACAAGCCUGCCCCCCUGGACCUCAGCCAUGUCAAGCUGACACCCAACCAGACCAACCUGGUGGAGAGACUGGCUGAGAACGGCCACAAUGUUUGGGCUCGCGACCGGGUUCAACAGGGAUGGACCUACAGCAUUGUACAGGACAUUGUUAACAAGCGCAACCCGCGGCUGGUGCCAUAUAACCUGCUGGACGAAAAGACCAAGAAGACCAACCGAGAUACUGUCUGUGCAGCUGUCCGCACCCUUCUGGGCUACGGUUACAAUAUAGAGCCACCCGACCAGGAGAGCAGCGGCCAUGGCGAAGGUCAUUCCCGUGGGGAUAAGAUCCGUGUGUUCCGGGCUGAGAAAUCGUACGCCGUCACCCAGGGGAAGUGGUACUUCGAGUUUGAGGUUGUGACCGUGGGGGAGAUGAGAGUGGGUUGGGCCCGACCCAGUGUCCGCGCUGACAAAGAGCUGGGGUCGGAUGAGCUUGCCUAUGUCUUCAAUGGUUUCAAGGCUCAGCGCUGGCACGUGGGCAAUGAGCCAUUCGGACGUAGCUGGUUGCCAGGCGAUGUGGUUGGCUGCAUGAUCGACCUGGUCGAGCAGAACAUCUUCUUCACCCUAAACGGAGAGAUGCUGAUCAGCGACUCUGGCUCGGAGAUGGCCUUCAAGGACAUAGAGAUCGGAGACGGGUUCGUCCCUGUGUGUAGCCUGGGUCUGUCUCAGGUGGGCCGUCUCAACCUGGGCCAGAACGUCAGCAGCCUGCGCUACUUCACCAUCUGCGGCCUGCAGGAGGGCUUCGAGCCCUUUGCCAUUAACAUGAAGAGAGACAUCACCUUGUGGUUCAGCAAGAGUCUUCCCCAGUUCAUCCCAGUGGCGACCGACCACCCUCACAUCGAGGUUUCUCGUGUGGACGGGACUGUGGACAGCGCCCCCUGCCUGAAGUUGACCCAUAAGACCUUUGGCUCUCAGAAUGCCAAUACUGACCUGAUGUUCUUCAGGCUUAGCAUGCCUGUGGAGUUCCACGAGACCUUUAAGGUUGUUGCUGGGACCACCCCACUGACCCGAACGCUGACCAUCCCCGAGGAUGAGGUUCUGGAAGUGGACCCCGACUCUGACUUUGAGGUGCUGAAGAAGUCUGCUACCCGCACGGAGAAGGAGGAGGAGAAGAAGGAGCCCUCUGUGCCGAAGGAAAUCCCUCUCAAUGAAGGCGGAGAGAAUGUGAAGGAUGCUUCUACAGAGAAGAGCAAGAAGAAGGGGUUUCUGUUCAAGGCCAAGAAAGCUGCCUUCACGCCGGCCCCUGUUGUUCCCACCAUGCCCCGUCUGAUAGAGGAAGUGGUCCCAGACGACAGGGACGAUGACGACAUUAUCCUUAACACCACCACAUAUUAUUAUUCUGUGCGAGUGGUAGCAGGACAGGAACCCAGCGGUGUGUGGGUGGGCUGGGUCACCCCGGACUACCACCAGUACGACCCACAUUUUGACCUCAGCAAAGUCAGAAAUGUCACUGUCACUGUGGGAGAUGACAAAGGCAACAUACAUGACAGUAUGAAGCGCAGUAACUGCUACAUGGUGUGGGGAGGGGAGUUCAGCAGCUCCCAGCAGACUCGGGUUAGUCAGGAGGACUUUGUGAUUGGCUGCCUCAUUGACCUGGACACAGGCCUCAUGACGUUCACAGCCAACGGGAAAGAGAUCAACACCUUCUACCAGGUGGAACCCAACACUAAACUGUUCCCAGCAGUAUUUGUCCUGCCUUCCAGUCAAAACAUGCUUCAAGUGGAGCUGGGCAAGCUGAAGAACAUUAUGCCCAUCUCAGCAGCCAUGUUCCGCAGUGAGCGGAAGAACCCUGUCCCACAGUGUCCUCCCAGGCUGGAUGUCCAGAUGUUGACUCCGGUCAUCUGGAGCCGCAUGCCUAACAACUUCCUGUCACCAGAGACUGGCCGAGUGAGUGACCGGCAUGGCUGGAAGGUGGAGUGUAAUGAGCCCCUCACUAUGAUGGCCCUGCACAUCCCUGAAGAGAACAGAUGUAUUGAUAUCUUGGAGCUAUCAGAGCGAAUGGACUUGCUGAAGUUCCAUUACCACACACUGAAGCUCUAUGGCUCAGUCUGCGCCCUGGGGAACAACCGCGUGGCCCACGCCUUGUGCAGCCAUGUGGACGAGUCCCAGCUGUUCUACGCAAUCGAGAACACUUACCUACCUGGGCCGAUGAGGAGCGGGUACUACGAUCUGCUCAUCAGCAUGCACCUAGAGUCGGCCAAGAGGAACCGCCUCAUGACCAACAAGGAGUUCAUAGUGCCCAUGACAGAUGAGACGCGCAGCAUUAGUCUUUACUCAGACACCGACAAGUCCCAUGCCUUACCGGGGGUGGGCCUCACAACCUGCCUGCGCCCUGAACUCCACUUCUCACCCACCGGGUUUGUGGGGACCAACCUGGAUAUCUACACCCUGAGCCCCUUCAUCCCACUUCAGGUGCUGAAGUCAAAGGCAUUGACCAUGCUGACGGAAGCCGUGCAGGACGGUGGUCAGGCCAUGAGGGAUCCUGUUGGAGGCAGCGUCGAGUUCCACUUCGUCCCCAUCCUCAAGCUCGUCAGCACGCUGCUCAUCAUGGGGGUGUUUGAGAACGAGGACGUCAAGCAUAUCCUGAAGAUGAUCGAGCCCACGGUUUUCAGCGGAGAGCCGGAUGUUGCUGUCAAGGGAGAGGGAGACCAACCGCUGGCCCUCAAGGAGGCAGGAGCAGAGGAGAAGGAAGAGGAAGCAUUUGAGAGCGGACUGGAAAUGGAUGACGAGGGGAUAGACGAGGAGGAUGAUGAACUGGCCGCAGAGCUGGAGGAGUUGGAUCUUCUAGACAAAGAAGAAGAGGACGGAGAGAAAGGCGCACAGGAGACGGAGAAGGACCCACAAGCUGGAGAGGAGGACGGAGAGGUCAGAGAGCAAGUAGGACUGGAAGAGGGGUUACUGCACAUGAAGUUACCGGAGUCCGUCAAGCUACAGAUGUGCAGUCUGCUGCAGUAUUUCUGUGACUGUGAGCUGCGCCACAGAGUGGAGGCCAUCAUCGCCUUCUCCGAUAGGUUUGUGAGCCAGGUGCAGGCCAAUCAGAGGGCACGCUACAACGAGCUCAUGUUGGCAUUCACCAUGAGCGCUGCCGAGACUGCCCGCAAGACCCGCGAGUUCCGUUCCCCACCACAGGAGCAGGUCAACAUGCUGAUGAACUUCAAGAACAUUGCAGAAGAUGAGGAGUGUCCUGUGCCUGAUGAGGUCCGCGAUGCCUUGCUGACGUUUCACAAGGACCUUCUAACACACUGUGGUGUACAUAUCGAAGAGGAGGAAGAGGAGGAUGAGUUGGACAUGUCUCUUAAAGGACGACUCCUCCGGUUGGUGGACAAAUUAAGGCACCUGCGUAAGAAGAAGGUAGCGGAUGAGCCAGAAACUGUGGAAGAGAUUGAACCCAGCACCCUCCAGGAGCUCAUCUCCCACACCAUGAUCCACUGGGCCCAGGAGUCUUUCAUCCAGAACCCAGAGCUGGUGCGUCUGAUGUUCAGCCUGCUGCACAGACAGUACGACGGCCUGGGGGAGCUGAUCCGGGCACUGCCCAAGGCCUACACCAUCAACGCCAUCUCCAUUAAGGACACCAUGGAGCUGUUGGAGUGCCUGGGUCAGAUCCGCUCGCUGCUCAUCGUCCAGAUGGGCCCAGAGGAGGAGAGGCUCAUGAUCCAGAGCAUCGGAAACAUUAUGAGCAACAAGGUGUUCUACCAGCACCCCAACCUGAUGCGAGCGCUUGGCAUGCACGAAACUGUCAUGGAGGUGAUGGUCAACGUGCUGGGUGGUGGCGACUCCAAGGAGAUUCGAUUUCCUCGUAUGGUUACCAACUGCUGUCGUUUCCUCUGCUACUUCUGUCGCAUUAGCCGACAGAACCAGCGCUCCAUGUUUGACCACCUCAGCUACCUGCUUCAGAACAGUGGCAUUGGCCUUGGGAUGCGUGGCUCCACCCCUCUGGACGUGGCCGCGGCCUCCUGUAUUGAUAACAACGAGCUGGCACUGGCUCUACAAGAGCAGGACCUGGAGAAGGUGGUGACAUAUCUGGCAGGCUGCGGGCUCCAGAGCUGUCCCCAGCUCCUGGCAAAGGGUUACCCCGAUAUUGGCUGGAACCCCUGUGGAGGGGAGAAAUACCUGGACUUCCUCCGCUUCGCUGUCUUUGUCAAUGGAGAGAGCGUAGAGGAGAACGCCAACGUGGUUGUACGUCUGCUGAUCCGUCGGCCGGAGUGUUUCGGCCCGGCCCUGCGAGGAGAGGGUGGGAACGGCCUGCUGGCUGCUAUAGAGGAGGCCAUCAAGAUCUCUGAGGAUCCCGCCAGGGACGGACCCACCGUCAAGAAAGACAGACGCUUCCCCGGCAUGUUCCCUGGUGGGGAGGAGCAGCAUGAGGAGAACAAGGUUCACCUGGGGAAUGCCAUUAUGUCUUUCUACUCGGCUCUCAUUGACUUGCUGGGACGCUGUGCGCCAGAGAUGCAUUUGAUCCAGGCUGGUAAGGGCGAGGCUCUAAGGAUCAGGGCCAUCCUGAGAUCCCUGGUGCCCAUAGAGGACCUGGUGGGAGUCAUCAGCCUGCCUCUCCAAAUACCAGACUUCGGAAAGGAUAACAGCGUCAUUGAACCCAAGAUGUCCUCCAGUUUUGUGCCGGACCACAAGGCUCCCAUGGUGUUGUUCCUUGACAGAGUGUAUGGCAUAGACAACCAGGACUUCUUGCUUCAUGUGCUAGAGGUGGGCUUCCUGCCUGACAUGAGGGCAGCUGCUUCUCUGGACACGGUGGCUUUCAGCACCACAGAGAUGGCGCUGGCUCUGAACCGCUAUCUCUCCCAGGCCGUGCUGCCCCUCAUCACCAAGUGUGCCUACCUGUUCGCCGGCACUGAUCACCGGGCCAUCAUGAUUGACUCCAUGCUGCACACCAUCUACCGGCUGUCCCGUGGACGAGCCUUCACCAAGGCCCAGAGGGACGUCAUAGAGGAGUGUCUCAUGGCUUUGUGCAAGCAUCUGCGGCCAUCUAUGUUACAACACCUUUUGAGAAGGCUGGUAUUUGAUGUACCAAUUCUGAAUGAAUAUGCCAAAAUGCCGCUCAAGCUUUUGACCAAUCACUAUGAGCGUUGUUGGAAGUAUUACUGCCUCCCUAAUGGCUGGGGCAACUUCGGAGUGUCAUCAGAGGAGGAGCUUCAUCUCACCCGAAAGCUCUUCUGGGGCAUCUUUGAGUCCCUGGCCCAUAAGAAAUUUGAUGCGGAGCUGUUCAAAAUUUCCAUGCCAUGUAUAUGUGCCAUCGCUGGUGCCAUCCCUCCAGAUUAUGUAGAUGCCAGCUACUCAUCCAAAACUGAGAAGAAAGCCUCAGUGGAUGCAGAGGGAAACUUUGAUCCCAAGCCAGUGGAGACCACAAAUACUAUUAUUCCUGAGAGACUGGAUGGCUUCAUCAACAAAUAUGCUGAGUACACACAUGAUAAGUGGGCUUUUGAAAAGAUCCAGAAUAACUGGACAUAUGGGGAGAAUCUGGAUGAAGAUUCCAAAACCCACCCAAUGCUCAGACCAUACAAAACAUUCUCAGAGAAGGACAAAGAGAUCUACCGCUGGCCCAUCAAAGAGUCCAUGAAGGCCAUGAUUGCGUGGGAGUGGACUCUGGAUCAAACCAGGGAAGGAGAUGAGGCAAAGAAUGAGCUGAAGAAGGCAGCUCGAAAGAUCUCCCAGACUGCACAGGCAACCUAUGACCCCAGCCAUGGUUACAGCCCCCAACCCAUUGAAAUAUCUCACAUGGCACUGUCAAGAGAGCUGCAGUCCAUGGCAGAACAGCUUGCAGAGAACUAUCACAACACCUGGGGUCGCAAGAAGAAGAUGGAGCUACAGUCUAAAGGAGGAGGCUCCCACCCGUUGCUGGUACCGUAUGACACCCUGACAGCCAAGGAAAAAGCGAGGGACCGAGAAAAGGCUUACGAGCUUCUCAAAUUCCUUCAACUCAAUGGAUUUGCGGUCACUAGGGGGUUGAAAGACAUGGAGUCAGACAUCUCGUCUAUCGAGAAGCGCUUUGCAUAUGGUUUCCUGCAGAAGCUGUUGAAGUGGAUGGAGAUCGCCCAGGAAUUCAUAGCUCAUCUUGAGGCUGUGGUGAGUAGUGGCCGCGUGGAGAAGUCACCUCAUGAGCAGGAGAUCAAAUUCUUUGCCAAGAUCCUGAUGCCUCUGAUCAACCAAUACUUCAAAAACCACUGUCUGUAUUUCCUGUCCACGCCAGCGAAAGUCCUGGGCAGUGGAGGACAUUCCUCUAACAAAGAGAAAGAGAUGAUUGCCAGUAUCUUCUGUAAAAUGGCUGCUCUGGUGAGACACAGAGUUUCUCUCUUUGGAAAUGACGCCACCGCUAUUGUCAACUGCCUUCACAUCCUGGCCCGGUCUCUUGAUGCGAGGACAGUGAUGAAAUCUGGGCCUGAGAUUGUGAAGGCAGGGCUCCGCUCGUUCUUUGAGGGUGCCGCUGAUGAUAUAGAAAAGAUGGUGGAGAACCUGAAACUGGGGAAGGUGUCUAAAGGCAACCAGCAGGUGAAGGGCGUGUCCCAGAACAUCAACUACACCACCAUCGCUCUGCUUCCCGUCCUCACCUCCCUGUUUGACCACAUCUCUCAGCACCAGUUUGGAGAUGAUGUCAUUUUGGAUGAUCUCCAGAUGUCAUGUUACCGCAUCAUGUGCAGCAUCUACUCCCUGGGCACGGUCAAGAACCCUCAUGUGGAAAGACAGAGACCAGCACUCGGAGAGUGUCUGGCCCAUCUGGCGGCUGCUAUGCCUGUGGCCUACCUGGAACCUCAUCUCAAUGAAUACAACGCCUUCUCUGUCUACACCACCAAGACCCCCAGAGAAAGAGCCAUUUUGGGUCUGCCUAACGAGGUCCAGGAGUUAUGCCCGGACAUCCCGGAGCUAGAUGUCCUGUUGAAAGAGAUUGGGGACUUGGCAGAGUCCGGGGCCCGUUACACAGAGAUGCCCCAUGUGAUUGAGAUCACUCUUCCCAUGCUUUGUAACUACCUGCCCCGCUGGUGGGAGAGAGGAUUGGAGAACUUCGCCGAGCUGGAAGGCUGUCUGUGUACUGAGGUCACCUCGGAUCACCUCAACCAGCUGCUGGGGAGCAUCAUGAAGAUCGUGGUCAACAACCUGGGAAUCGACGAAGCCUCAUGGAUGAAGAGGCUGGCUGUGUUCUCCCAGCCUAUUGUGAGCAGGGCCAAGCCUGAGAUGCUCAAGUCCCAUUUCAUCCCCACCAUGGAGAAGUUGAAGAAGAGGACUGGAAAGGUGGUGGCGGAGGAGGACCACCUGCGUAUGGAGGGGAAGGCAGAGGGGGACGAGGAGGAGGGAACCAUCAGGGAUGAGUUUGCCGUGCUCUGCAGGGACCUGUACGCCCUGUACCCUCUCCUCAUCCGCUAUGUGGACAACAACCGGGCGAGGUGGUUGACAUGCCCAGACCCAGAUGCCGAGGAGCUCUUCAGAAUGGUCGGAGAGGUGUUCAUCUUCUGGUCCAAAUCCCAUAACUUCAAACGUGAGGAGCAGAACUUUGUGGUGAUGAAUGAGAUAAAUAACAUGUCUUUCCUCACUGCUGACAGUAAGAGCAAGAUGAGCAAGGGCAGCGACUCCGAGGCUGGCGGCUCAGAUGUGGAGCGUACCAAGAAGAAGAAGCGGGGGGACCGGUACUCAGUGCAGACCUCACUUAUUGUGGCUGCCCUGAAAAAGAUGCUCCCCAUCGGCCUCAACAUGUGCUCUCCCGCUGACCAGGAGCUCAUCAACCUGGCAAAGAUCCGAUACUCUUUGAGGGACACUGAUGAAGAAGUGAGAGAGUUCUUGCAAAACAACCUGCAUCUUCAAGGCAAGGUGGAGAACCCGUCCAUGCGCUGGCAGAUGUCCCUUUACAAGGAGAUGGCGGGGAAGGCUGAGGACGCUGAUGCUCCAGAGAAAGUGGUGAAGAGGGUGCAGGAGGUGUCUGCUGUUCUCUACCAUAUCGAAGUGACGGAGCAUCCCUUCAAAUCCAAAAAGAUGGUGUGGCACAAACUGCUCUCCAAGCAGAGGCGUAAGGCUGUGGUAGCCUGCUUUAGGAUGACUCCGCUUUACAACUUGCCCAGACAUAGAGCUUCCAACAUGUUCCUUGAAGGAUACAAACGCAACUGGAUCCACACAGAGGGCUACUCCUUUGAAGACAGAAUGAUAGACGACUUGUCCAAAGCCAUGGAGCAGGAGGGGGAGGAGGAGGAGGAGUCGGAAUCCAAGCCUGACCCUCUUCACCAGCUCAUUCUGCAUUUCAGUCGUACCGCUCUCACAGAAAAGAGUAAACUUGAUACAGAUCAUCUAUAUAUGGCUUACGCUGAUAUUAUGGCAAAGAGCUGCCACAUUGGUGAGGAGGGCGAAGGGGGAGAGGAUGUGGAGGAAGGGCCUGAGGAUGAGAUGCCGUUUGAGGUGCGACAGACGGAACUGGAAAAAGAGAUGGAGAAGCAGAGACUAUUGUACCAGCAGUCCCGUCUCCACAACCGUGGAGCGGCUGAGAUGGUGCUUCAGAUGAUCAGCGCCUGCAAAGGUGAGACUGGCUGCAUGGUGUCCUCCACUCUCAAACUGGGCAUCUCCAUCCUGAACGGUGGGAACAUGGAGGUUCAACAGAAAAUGCUGGAAUAUCUGAAGGACAAAAAGGACGUGGGAUUCUUUCUGAGUGUUCAGGCCUUGAUGCAGACAUGCAGUGUCCUGGACCUGAAUGCAUUUGAGAGACAGAAUAAGGCAGAGGGACUGGGCAUGGUGUCAGAGGAGGGAACAAACAUGAAGUCAGAACGGGGUGAGAAAGUCAUGGCGGAUGAUGAGUUCACGUGCGAUCUGUUCCGCAUGUUGCAGCUGCUCUGUGAGGGACACAACAACGAUUUUCAGAACUACUUACGGACGCAGACAGGAAGCACCACCACUAUCAACAUCAUCAUCUGCACUGUGGAUUACCUGCUUCGUCUGCAGGAGUCGAUCAGUGAUUUCUAUUGGUACUACUCUGGGAAAGAGAUCAUCGAUGAGCCAGGAAAGAAGAACUUCUCCAAGGCCAUGACCGUGGCUAAACAGAUCUUCAACAGUCUGACGGAGUACAUCCAGGGUCCGUGUACAGGCAACCAGCAGUCCCUGGCACACAGCAGGCUGUGGGAUGCGGUGGUGGGAUUCCUCCAUGUCUUUGCGCACAUGAUGAUGAAGCUGGCACAGGGGAAAGACUCCAGUCAAAUCGGCCUGCUAAAAGAGUUGCUGGACCUCCAGAAAGACAUGGUGGUUAUGUUGCUAUCUCUAUUGGAAGGUAAUGUGGUGAAUGGCACCAUUGCACGUCAGAUGGUGGACAUGCUGGUGGAGUCCUCCAGCAACGUGGAGAUGAUCCUCAAAUUCUUUGACAUGUUCCUCAAACUGAAAGACAUUGUUGCGUCAGACGCCUUCCGUGAUUAUGUCACUGACCCCCGAGGGUUGAUUUCCAAGAAGGACUUUCAGAAGGCAAUGGACAGCCAGAAACAGUACUCUCCAUCCGAGAUCCAGUUCCUGUUGUCCUGCUCAGAGGCUGACGAGAACGACAUGAUCAACUUUGAGGAAUUUGCCGACCGCUUCCAGGAGCCGGCUAAAGACAUCGGCUUCAACAUUGCUGUGCUGCUCACCAACCUGUCUGAACAUGUGCCUCACGACCUUCGUCUGAAGAACUUCCUGGAGCAGGCAGAUAGUGUGCUCAACUACUUCCGCCCCUUCCUCGGCCGUAUAGAGAUCAUGGGGGCGAGUAGGAAGAUAGAGCGUAUUUACUUUGAAAUCAGCGAGGUCAACCGAACACAGUGGGAGAUGCCUCAGGUCCGAGAGUCGAAACGACAGUUCAUCUUUGAUGUGGUCAAUGAGGGGGGCGAGUCGGAGAAGAUGGAGAUGUUCGUAAACUUCUGCGAGGAUACCAUCUUUGAGAUGAACAUCGCCUCACAGAUCUCGGAGCAGGAGGAGGAGGAGAAGGAGGAGGACGAUGAGGAGCCAGCUGAAGGAGGAGGUGCUGAGCCAGCGGGAGGAGAAGGUGGAGGGGGGGAUGAUGAGGGCAACGGAGAGGAAGGGGAGCAGGAGUCCAGCUCGGCGUUUGCAGACUUCAUCAACAGCCUGCUGAACUUCCUGGGAAUUUUUACCUUCCGUAACCUGCGCAGACAAUACCGCAGGGUCAGGAAGAUGACCAUCAAGCAGAUAGUGGUGGGUCUGGCCACCUUCUUCUGGACAAUCCUCAUUGGCAUCCUGCACUUUAUCUACAGUGUGUGUAAGGGCUUCUUCCUGCUCAUUUGGCAAACUCUUUUUGGCGGAGGCCUGGUGGAGGGAGCUAAGAACAUCACUGUGACCGAGAUACUGGCCAGCAUGCCUGACCCCACCCAGGACGAAGUGCAUGGAGAUCUGCCAGGGGAGACCGGGGCUAGGGAGGAGCAGGAGGCAGGAGGGGUGACUGACCAAACGGACACUGGCGGCGGAGAGGAGGAGGAGGAAGACAGCCAAGACAAGGAAGCUGGGGGGACGCCGCGCAUCGAUGCUCCCGGUGGACUUGGGGACAUGGGAAUUGAGGCCACUGUUGAGCCUCCAACCCCCGAGGGUACUCCUCUGACCAGGAGGAAGCAGCAACCAGCAGAGGGCGCUGCUGCGGCUGAUGGCCAAACAGUUGAACCUGCCUCUGCUCUGUCUGUAGAGGAGCCCCAUCCAGUCCCUGAGAAGGCAGACACUGAAAAUGGAGAGAAGGCAGAGAAAGAAGCAGAGACCAAAGAGGAGGAGGAACCAAAGAAAAAGAAGUCCAAAGCUAAGAGAGAUAAUAAGCAACAAAAGCAGCAAGGGUUCCAGCUCUGGACCGAGCUGGACAUACAAAGAAACAAGUUCUUGAACUACCUCUCUCGGAACUUCUAUAAUCUACGUUUUCUGGCACUAUUUAUUGCAUUUGCUUUGAACUUCAUUCUGCUCUUCUACAAGGUGUCAGACAGCCCCCCUGGUGAGGAGGAUGAGGUGGAGGGCUCUGGCAUUUUUGAGGCCUCCGGUCUGGGGGCGCUGUUCGAGGGCAGUGGGUUGUUUGAGGGCUCCGCAGAGGAGCUAGAGGGAUCUGGCGUGCUGGAAGGAGGAGACGAGGAUGGUGAGGAGGAGGAGGGCCCGGUCUACUUCUUCCUGGAGGAGAGCACUGGUUACAUGCAGCCCACCCUCACCCUCCUGGCUGCUGUUCACACUGUCAUCGCCUUCCUGUGCAUCAUCGGCUACAACUGUCUGAAGAUUCCUCUGGUGAUCUUCAAGAGAGAGAAGGAGCUGGCCAGAAAGCUGGAGUUCGAUGGUCUUUACAUCACAGAACAGCCUGAGGAUGAUGACAUCAAAGGCCAGUGGGACAGACUGGUCCUCAACACGCCUUCGUUCCCAAACAACUAUUGGGACAAGUUUGUUAAGCGAAAGGUCCUGGAAAAGUACGGAGACAUUUAUGGCAGAGAGAGGAUCGCUGAGCUCCUAGGAAUGGAUUUAGCAUCGCUAGAUGUCAGUCAACAAUCUGAUAAGAAGCCAGAGGAGCUUGACAAUUCCACAUUGGCCUGGUGUACGUCAAUUGACUUCAAGUACCAGAUCUGGAAAUUUGGUGUGGUGUUUACAGAUGGUACAUUUCUCUAUCUGUGUUGGUACACGAUCAUGUCCUUGCUGGGACAUUACAACAACUUCUUCUUUGCCUGUCACUUGCUGGACAUAGCCAUUGGUGUGAAGGAUCUGCGCACGAUCCUAUCCUCGGUCACCCACAACGGGAAACAGCUCAUGAUGACGCUGGGCUUGUUGGCCGUGGUGGUCUACCUCUACACUGUGGUGGCCUUCAUCUUCUUCCGCAAGUUCUACAACAAGAGUGAAGAUGAGGAUGAGCCAGACAUGAAGUGUGACGACAUGAUGACUUGCUACCUCUUCCACAUGUACGUGGGCGUCCGAGCUGGUGGGGGCAUUGGCGACGAGAUCGAGGACCCGGCGGGAGACGUGUACGAGCUCUAUCGGGUGGUGUUUGACAUCACCUUCUUCUUCUUCGUCAUUGUCAUUUUACUGGCCAUCAUCCAGGGUCUGAUCAUUGAUGCCUUCGGAGAACUUCGAGACCAACAGGAGCAGGUCAAAGAAGACAUGGAGACCAAGUGCUUCAUCUGUGGAAUUGGAAGUGACUACUUUGAUACGACGCCGCAUGGCUUCGAGACCCACACCCUGGAGGAACACAAUUUGGCCAACUACAUGUUUUUCUUAAUGUACCUCAUCAACAAAGAUGAAACGGAGCACACUGGCCAGGAGUCGUACGUGUGGAAAAUGUACCAGGAGCGAGCCUGGGACUUCUUCCCUGCUGGGGACUGUUUCAGAAAGCAGUAUGAGGACCAGCUGGCGUAACUAACUAGUGUAUGGAGAAAAGUUGAACCACGGUAACGGUGUGGUUAUACCGCUCAACCAGCAAAUGACCCUGCCCUUCCUAAAGCCCAAACACACGAAAACUAAAUGACCGCAUUUAGAACGAGUGUUUACAACGAUCGGGGUGACACGUACCGCGACAGUCAUUCUUAAAAUGUCUCCAUGUGAAAGAACGUGCCAGAAUAUUCUCUUGGUCACAUGCACAAAUAUGGACAUUAUGGAAGAGUGUGUUUAGCAAUAAGAAUGACAUAGCAGGAGGAUCAGUGACAAGUCAGUCUUCAUCACUCAUCUUUUUCACUCAUGUGCACAUGUCUCUGUUUGUAGACGGCGUGUAUGUUCAUUUGGUUCUGUCUCUGUUUGUAGACGGCGUGUAUGUUCAUUUGGUUCUGUCUCUGUUUGUAGAUGGCGUGUAUGUUCAUUUGGUUCUGUCUCUGUUCGUAGACGGCGUGUAUGUUCAUUUGGUUCUGUCUCUGUUCGUAGACGGCGUGUAUGUUCAUUUGGUUCUGUCUCUGUUCGUAGACGGCGUGUAUGUUCAUUUGGUUCUGUCUCUGUUCGUAGACGGCGUGUAUGUUCAUUUGGUUCUGUCUCUGUUUGUAGACGGCGUGUAUGUUCAUUUGGUUCUGUCUCUGUUCGUAGACGGCGUGUAUGUUCAUUUGGUUCUGUCUCUGUUCGUAGACGGCGUGUAUGUUCAUUUGGUUCUGUCUCUGUUCGUAGACGGCGUGUAUGUUCAGGUAUAACGUCAGUGCCUAAAUGGUUGGUGAAACCUUAUUAGUUGCAUGCAUCAGCAGCAACUAUUGAUAUUGUACAAAACAUUUCUGUUAUUGGUUUUUCUAAUUCUCUUAAAGCUAGACACCAGAAUCUGACCUUGUGUAAACUCUACUGGAAAAUAGUUGAGUAAUUUUUACUUUAUUGAUGAUGUAACAGUCCGUAAAAUAAUAUUUUGCCGUACUCUCUUGAAUUUCAAUGCCAAGGGAACAAACACAUUUAUAGUAAUUCCGAGUCAAGUGUCUGGAUGGUUUUCGAACUGCUUCUUUUUAAGUUAUAACAUUAUUAUAUUCGGUGUAUCUGUUUUUUUUCCUUCCUGAAACAUUCUGUGUAUCUUGUUUAAUUAUUAUUAAUGUUGGUUAUUUCAUUUUAAUCAACAGGGCUAAAGAUGGCUACUGUGCUGUUAAUGCAGUAACAAGGGUUUGUGUCAUUUUGAUUUGAAUAUAUUGA